AUGAAUGCUGAUAACCCAAAUGCUACUCCCCCACGUAAAAGGGGGCCGAGUAAACCAAAAUCAAAUAAACAAAAUAAUCCAAACAAAGUUAGGUUCGAUAAUUCUAGUAACGAACCUAAGGAUUCGUCUACUGCGCAAUCGAAUUCCAAUAACUCAUCCAAUAAAAAUGAUAAUGCUAAGGAUGUCGCAUCACAUACUGAUGGAUCGCAAAAUCAGAAUAAAGAAAUGCCUAUUAGUAAAAAUUCGCGAAGGAAAAGAAAUCGCAAAAAUAAAUCCGAUCAACAAACCACUAUGAGUCAUGCCCAAAGUAGUUCAUCCAAUAUACAACAUAAUCAAAAGCAACAGAAUAUCUCUAACUCAUCCUUUCCUCUUUCAAAACGUCAAAUUGAAGAGAAAUUUUCGGAUACUGACGAGAAAUCAACUACAGAACCGAUGGAUAUCGACCCACCUUUGGAACCUACUGAUAUUCCAGAACAAGAUAAUGGCGAGAAACAGCUAUCAAAACAGAAAUGGGAAUCUGACGAGGAAGAUAAUGAGAAAGAUAACGAAGAGGAACAUGAAUCUGACAAGGAGGAUGACGAGGAACAGGAAUUUGAUUAUGACUCGCUCGCUGAACAAGAUAAUGACGAGGAGCAACGUUUAGAAGAGGAGGAUAAACAAAUUUUAAAAAAUGAGACUUUGAAUGAGCCAAAUAAACCAGAUUACUCACGCGGUUCUAAAACAAAAGAAAGUGGUAACGAUCGAAAAAAGGGUAAAGAAAUAAAAAAUCAUGAAUCGGAAUCACAAGAUAGUUUCCCAAAAGGUGAAAAUGAUGAUUCUUCUUCAAAGAAUCCCACCAUGGUUGACAAAAUUAAAAAUUUGGUUAAACCAAGGGAUGAUGAUAUUUUAAUUAAAUUCUAUGUUCAUCUGCCACCUUUUAUUCAUCAUUCAUGUAAUGUAUUUGUAGCUGGCAACAUUUAUGAAUUGGGUAACUGGGAAAAUUUGAAUGUAAAGCUUGUCCCAAUCAAAGAUGAUGAAAAUAAAUCAACUGAUUUUUAUGAGUCUAAUACCGUUCGUAUUCCACUUGCGCGAAUUCCCAAUUAUGAGAUUGAGUAUAAAUAUGUAUUGACUCCCAAAACAGGAAAAAAAAAAAAGAACCGGCGGUAUGAAGGGAAUGAUAAUCGUGUGCUAGAAAUUAGUGGAGGAAAUCAGUAUGACGUUUGGUGUGAUACUUCUCAACAUUAUUUUGAUCAUCCACCCGAUAAUAAUAUGUUUAUAAAAAUCAUUUAUAAAUCGGUCACCGAGAAAAAUCUUAAAGAUAAGAUUAUGGAAUAUGAAAGAAUUGAAAGAAGUUUAAGAUUACAGGUGCCUAUCAACUUAGUUAAUGAUUUACUUUUUGAUAGCCACUUAUUAGCCUCAAAACUUUUCUUGUGUGUUUUACUUGGAUAUGUUCUCAAAGGAAAAGGACUAAUGUAUAGCUUGCCACAAGAAUUUCAAUCAGUUCCUUUGCUAGAAGCUCUUCAUCAAAUAAAAGAUGACAUAAUCCCAUCUGAAACUCGAAAAAUAUUAUCCCUAACAAUUGUACCAUUAAUUCGUUGCAAUAUCAUGUCAGAAUCAUUUGAAUGGCUCAAAGUUUUUGCUGUAGCUGAUCUUUUAGAUCCGGAUUAUAAUUUCAUUAGUUCUAUUACGGAACAAAAUUAUGGUGUAAACAUGGAACAAUUUAAAAAAAAAUUACAAGAACUUGUUAUUCCAUAUAUUGAUCAAAUUAAUGAUGAUAAGAUUUAUGUUGAAAUUGCAAAGGGAUUGCUUAAACAAGUAAAUAAUGUGAACAUUAUUAUUGAAAUUUGGGAAUUAUUAGCCCACAAUGAAGAGAGAGAUGAUCAUCUUCGCAAAUUUUUCAAAGAACGUGUUCAAAAAAUAGUAAGAUCUUAUGAAUCAAUUAUUGUUCUACGUGAUAACUUCCUUGAAAUUCCUGAGCAUUUCAAAGAGCUCAUUUCAGAUGCAUUUAAAGGUCAAGUUUUCUAUUUUUUAAAUCAACAUCGUAAUAUGGACAUGCCAUCAACUCAUUCUAAGGCAAUUUAUGAUAUGAUUUUGAAUAAGCAAAUAAGCUGGACAAAGACCAAUUAUAUAGGAGUACUCGAUAUUAUUUCUACUUAUUCCGAUUUUGAAAUAUUGACAAAAUUUAAUAAUUUCCUAGAAUUUUGGACUAAGGUUUUCAAUGAUGAUCACGAAAACCUUCCAAAAAUAUGUAAACAAUGGUAUCAAAAACUUUUGGAUCGAGGAUCAACCUUCACAUUAAAAAAAGACAAAUAUGUUUUUUUAGUACUAAAUCAUGUUUCGUUGGUUCAUCCAUAUAUUGGAAAAUUAAAUGUUUGGAAUGAUUUACUUGACAUGGCCAUUGGUAGUGUAAAGAAAUGGUCAGUUAAUUCUAUUUUUGAAAUUACGGAUAAAGUUGAAAAAAGAUUGGUCCCUCGUAUAGGAACUGAAUUUGGAUUAAUGGUAAAAGAGAUCUUAAAUCCCUUGAAUCAAAUAAAUGAACAAUUAUUGAACACCGUUAAACGAAUUUUAACUCCUUACAUCGAACCACCCAGUGAAGGUGUUAUCCAAAGUACAGAAUUACAUGUUCCUGGAAGUUUAUGUGAAAAUAUUUUAUGUCAUAUAAUGACAUGUACACAAAAAAGUUUUCAUGACGAAUUUUCUUCUGAUUUCCAUCGAAGCCUUCUCGAAAAAGCAAAAUUUUGGAUUGUCUUGUUACGUUUAAAAGGAAGUGUUAAAAAAUUUCAAGUUCAUCCUCAUAUUACUGAGAUACGUGAAGCCAUUUUUGAUCUUGCAGAAAAGAUUGUUGAAAAAAAUAUUGAUAUUCAUCUAUUACAAACACUUUUGAGAUAUGACGACAACUUUUUAUUUGAUUACUUUGAUUCGGCAGUUUUUGUUAAUGACCUUUCAUCCAUUGUUAUUACCAAAUAUGAUUUGAAAAAAGUUCGCAAAGAAUUUCAAAAUUAUGAAGAAACUUUAGAUAUUUUCUAUUCAUUUUACGUAAAAUUUUGUUCUAUUCCAAAAGUUACUGAUGUCAACGAAUAUAUUGAUGAUAUCCGUCAAAGACACGAUCGAAAGAGCCAAAUUAAACUUAAAGAUGUUUUAUCAGCAGACAAUUGGUUAAAACAUUCAAAUAAUGAGACUAUUGCCAAAAAUAUUUACAAGUUCAGAGAUUCUAAGACUUUUAAAAAUACUUUCGAAGAUAUUUCUAAUAAAAGGAUCGUUCAAGAUACUUUAACAGUAAAUGAGAUUUCAAGUACAAUAAUUCCUCAAAUUUACGUAGAAUAUUUGGAAAAAAAUAGGAAAUACGAAGAAUGGGAAGACCUUAAAUUUUCUGAAGCGUACAUUACUUGGAAUAAUGUUCGAGACGUUGAAUAUGAAUUAAGUUUGAUGGGUUUACAAAGAGAAAUUAGUCCUGAAUUGGUUGAAAUCUUAACACAUCUUUCUAAAGUUUCUCAAAGUAUUGAAAGAUUAGAACAACUUUUAAAAUUAGUAGAGAUAUUCCAGAUUCCGUUAAAAGAAGAUGAUAUAUGGUUAAAAAAUUCAUAUGAUAGUCUUAAGCAUGAAUCCCUUUCAUUAGGAAAAUUAAAAGAAUUUUUUGAUACUCUUAAAUACCGGCUAGAGGACAUCGAUAAUGAAACCGGUUGGAAAUUAACCAAAGAAAUAUCUAUUUGCUCAGAAUUUAUUGCUUUUCUACGUCAAAUUGUGGAUGAGGAUCUUACGAAUUUAAUAAAUGGUGUCGACGAUACGGAAGGACGACUUAUCCAAGAGGACACUGUAUCAUCUCUUAUUCAAGUAAAACAAAUACUUGUUCCGUUAAUUAAUAGAGGAGAUAAAAUUGGGUUAAAAAAUUUUCUAUUGGAUUUUGGUUUCAUCUCAAAAAAUAACAAAGUACUGGCCGAAAAAAUUUCCCUAUGUAAUAGUAAUAAUAUGGCAUUGCAAAAUAUGUAUAACAAUAUCUCAAAACGUGGCGAGGUUACCAAAGAAAAGAUAACGAAUGCUAUUAAGAUUGGAACUUAUAAUUUCGCAUGGACUUCAGAGGACAAUGCUUGCACUGUAAAUUUAUCAUAUCCUUCCGGAGGAGACACAAUGAAUAUUAGUUUUUCAGAAUUACAAGAUUUACGUGGUCGUUCUUUAUUAAUAGCAAAACCAAAAGUUUCCAUAGACCAAAAUGAAUUUGAAGAACAAGAAUCGUUUGAACUUAUAAUAAAUAAAUUUGUUGAACAAAUUGAUACUGUUCUAGAAAUUGUUGAUUUGUCUUCAAAGUUAAUUGAACAGGGACAUUUUUCUUAUCGCAAAUUUGAAGAAUCUAUUCAAGGUACUCCAGCAAUGAAACAGCAAGCUCAAAAGUUAAAAAAAGAAAUAAAAGAUUGGGAUCAAGCGGUUAAUUCGGCUCAAGACAAACAUUAUUAUUUGACAUUUUUCCCUGCGCGUCAUAUUCUUAAAUUUUAUGAUUUCUUUGAUAAUUCUGCAAAUGAAUCCUGUGUAAAUAUUUGUAGAACACUGGUCAAAUACGUUAAUUUUAAAGCGAAUUUACCUCAUAUCAAUAAUUCUUCAAGGAUUAAUUCAAGAAAAGGGGAAUAUUUCAGGAUUCUUUCUGAAAUAGGAAAAAGGUUACACGGUAUUCUGAGUUCACUUCCCAAAGAUCAAUUUAAAUUGGAAUCCAUUGACGAAAGAGUGGUGACGGAUAUCGUAGAAAGCAAAUCCUUAUUCAUUGCAGCGUGUUACGAUAAAUCCCUGGUUCCAAAUGUUAUAAUGUCAUUGUAUCUUAAUCAUGGGACACUUCCCAAUGCAUGGCAACUAUUAAUUUGCACAUCAUCUACAACUUCGGAAGAAAUUUCAAUCUUUAUAAAAAGAUGUUUUAUGGCUGAAAAGAAUGGUUAUAUACAUCACUUAUUUUGUAUGGCAAAUGUUGAAGUUCUGGAUUUCAAAUUGCAAUAUGAUUUAGUUAAGAAAAUUCGAGAUUAUAUGGAAAGAUAUAAACAAUCUAAUUUCUUUUUGGCACUAAUUUGUUGUCCAGAGAAAGGAGUGCAUCAUCAUAUUCUGGAUCAAUUCUCGGAUUUUUGCGUCACAAAGGGACUUAGCAAUGAUGCAAUGAAAGAGAUUUAUAAAGAGAUAUGUUAUGAUACAAUUUGCGUGACAUCAAGUUUAUCUGGUCAGGGUAAAACGGAAUUUAUUAAACAAGAAAGUUUCAAAGAACUAAAAAUUCCUCGAAAUUUUCUUAUAAGUGAUGGAGAUGAUUUCGGUAAAUUAGUUCGUAAAUUCAAUAAGUUUCCAAUUAAUCGAGAAAUAGAUUCUUUACAUAUAAAUAUAAUUUCCGCCGAUAAUUGUGAAGAUGUCAAUAUGUUCCUGUUUCAAUUAUUAACAUUUGGAAUCGUUUCCCACAAAGGUAUUACAGCAAUUCUUCCUGGUAUAAAAAUUUAUAUAGAAAUUGCCUCAAACAAUGAUCAAAAAUUAAUUAAGUCACUUAAGUUUCUAACAUGUUUGGAAAUUAUACAUUUACCUUGGAAUACCAAUAAAUUAAUGAUCUCUUGUGAGUUAAAUAGUCCAAUUCAAGUAGUAUGCCAGUAUUUGAAAGUGUUUGAUAGUCAAACUUUGGAUGAAAAAGAUGUAUUGUUCCGAUCAUCAAACAGUCGUGUGACAAAAAAUUUAGCAUCAAGAGAAUGUCGACGACUCUUGAAAAAAUAUUUCUUUGAUCUGAUUGAUCCUGAACUUAAUUCUUUUAGAUUUCUUGAAAUUUUUAUAAAUGUGUUAUCGGAUCAACUAGUAAGACUAUCUGCAAGUUCAUUUUUCCGAGUUGAAAAUCUGAAAUUAAUGAUCCACGAAAAUGAUAUUCGAUCAACAUUGAUGAAAACAUUAAUGGAAGUGUGGACCAUAUCUCAUUGGGAUGAUUCAAAUCAUUUGUUGGUAUUUUUCUUGUCACAAGUUCCAGAUUCUAUCUGUGCCCUUUAUCGAGAUAGCAGUAAAGUUCCAGAGAAUGUUCAAAAAUUAUUACAGAGUCAACAUAUCCGAAACGAUAUAAAUGAAUGGAGACUAGAAGAUUAUCGUACAAUGGGAAGUGAAGCAUUAUUGUCAAAAUUAGAGUGCCUGGCACGUGAAACGGAACAUCCAAUUAAUUAUCCACCAUACGCUUUGUCAGCCGAUAAUUUGCUUAAAAUGGCACUUAUUUUAUUGAGAACGCGUGCCAAUGUGCCUGUAAUCAUUUGUGGAGAGGCAGGAUGUGGAAAGACAAGUUUAAUAGGGUUUUUAGCAAAAAUGGUAGAAGUUGACUUCUUUGCUCUUAAUCUUCAUGCCGGAAUAACUGAGGAGAUAAUAAAUAAAUUUAUGGAUGAUUCUUUGGUUAAUGUAAAUAAACGAGAAAUUUGGCUAUUUUUUGAUGAAAUUAAUACCUGUAAUCAUAUCGGUAUAUUUGCAGAUCUUAUUGCUCAUCGAAUUUAUCUUGGGAAACCAUUACAUCCAAAUAUUCGAGUAUUUGCUGCGUGUAACCCUUAUCGUAAAAGAAUUAAAAGUUCAAGCGAAGCAGGUCUAGAUCUGAGAUAUGAAUUCCAUAGAAGUAAUCUAGUUUAUGAAGUAAAACCUCUUCCAGAUCAAAUAUUGGAUUAUGUUUGGGAUUAUGGAAUUUUACAAGAAAGUGAUGAAAAGAAAUAUAUUGACAUUAUGGUGAGAUCUGAGUUAAGAGGAGAUUUGUAUAAUCCAAUUGUUGCAGAAAUUUUAUUUGCAUCUCAACAAUUUAUUCGCAGGGUUGAAGAACCUUUUAGUGUUAGUUUACGUGAUGUAAAGAGAGCAAUUACCCUGAUCAAAUUUUUCUAUAAUAGUUUUAAUGAUAGAAAACUUUAUGAAACGCCAUCUACAUAUUCGUUAUCAAUUCGUUCAUAUGUUUUGGCAAUAGGACUUAGUUAUCAGUCUAGAUUGUAUACUCAAGAAUUACGUACAGAAUUUCGUAAAGAAAUGAGUAAAAUCCUGAAUAUCCCAGAACGUGCUUUCAAAACUAUAAUAAGUAAAGAACAAAAUGAUUAUAUAGGACGAAUGCAAUUGCCACCCAACACUGCAAAAAACGAAGCCCUCUUAGAGAAUGUUUUAAUUAUGAUAGUUUGUAUUUUAACAAAGAUUCCCGUAUUCAUUGUUGGGAGACCUGGUACUUCUAAGUCAAUGGCAAUUCGACUUAUAAGUAAUAAUUUACGAGGUUCAGAUUCUAACGACAAGUAUUUCAAAAAGUUGCCACAGGUAUUAUUAAUUCCUCAUCAAGGAUCUUCAUCCUCAACUUCUGAUGGUAUACUUAAAGUUUUCGACAAAGCAAAUAAUUAUCAAAAGACAAGUUCAGAUGAAUUUCCGGUUAUUAGUGUAGUAUUGCUUGAUGAAGUUGGUUUGGCCGAAACUAGUCCCUAUAAUCCAUUAAAAGUUCUACAUUCUUUACUUGAACCGAGUUAUCCUGCGGGAGGACCAACUGUUUCUGUUGUUGGAAUAAGCAACUGGAGAUUAGAUAAUAACGAAGAUGAUCUUGUUGAUAUCGCAUUUCGUUUAUUAGAAAAGGAUGGCGAUGCACCUCAAAAGUCAUCUCUUCGACCUCUUGCGAAGGCUUAUUCGAAUUAUGAACAAAAUGGUCAAAAAUUCAAAAAUUUUCAUGGUCUUCGUGAUUACUAUUCACUUGUAAAAAGUUUAUCUACGAAAGAAUUGACACCAGAAAACAUUCAAAUGGCAUUAGCAAGGAAUUUCGGUGGUACAGGACAUCAAAAGGAAUUAUGUGAAGAUUACUUUAAUAGUGUGAUAGAUAUGUUUAAUGAAAACCAAAGUUGGUCUUAUUAUCAAGUACCUGUAAAAGAUUUGAUUAAUGCUAAUCUCGAAGACGAUAAUGCAAGACAUCUUAUGAUAAUUGGAAAUAGCAGUUCUAUUGUGAAUUUAUUGACUUAUCAAUUAAGAGCUGUAGGUUUGGAACCAGUGGUAAUAUUUGGUUCUCAAUUUCCUAACGACCGAGAUGAUUAUUCUUAUACUGUUUUGAGCAGAAUUAUGAUGUGUGUAGAGGCUGGUAGACCUUUAAUUUUGACUGAUUUAGAAAUAAUUUACGGGAGUCUUUAUGAUUUAUGGAAUCAAAAUUAUAUUAUCGCCGGAAGCAAAGAAGAUCCAAAAUAUUAUACUCGCGUUGCACUCGGAGCUUACGCUAAUCCUAUGUUGUCAGUCGCAAAGAACUUUAGAUGUAUUUUAGUUAUGGAUGAAGCGAAAUUACCAUAUGCUGAUCCGCCUCUCUUGAAUAGAUUCGAAAAACAAAAAAUGACAAUGAAUGAUAUUCUCACUACCGAUGAAAGGAAUUUGGUUGACGAAUUAUAUAAAUGGGCCGAACAAAUGGCGACUUAUCCAACACAAAAUAUGUUUACUCCUUCUCAUAAAAAAUUUACUUUAAAUGAUUUAUUCAUUGGAUUUAAUCAUGAUGAAACAGUCCAGAGUUUAGUAAUUGAUGUUAAGAAAAAUUACCCUCAUUUAGAUGAUGAAGGAAUUAUAGAUAAAUGUAAAGAAUAUUUGAUUUUGAUUGCUACAUCUGAUGGAAUGGUUCGAGCAGAGAAAUCUUUGGAAAUUGAAGAAAUACAACGUUGGAAAGAUGUUUACUUUAAUGAACAAAAACAUGACAAUCUUGCUGAUUACUUUAAGGACCUACUUAAAUCAGAAGAUGAAGGUGUUCAAGUCAUUGUGAACACAUUUUCCAACAUUAAUACCGAUAUUAGAGCAUGUUUGAAAGGUGUUCUCCCUUGUUUUAUAAUUAAACUUUCAACUUUCAAAACUGAAGCCGAAUUUAGUACUCAAAUCAAUCAAUUUUGGUUUAAUUCCUCCAAACAUGAAAUGGUCGUAUUACAAUGUGAUAUCACCACGGUAAAUUCCGAGUGCAUCAAAUUAGCCAAAUUUAUUAUUGAACAGUCGCGUCACGAAUAUUAUACCAAACGUCAUGAAGAAGGUUUUAUUGAAAAACACGCAUGUAUUAUUCUUCAUAUGCACCGAGAUCAGAAAUCAUUUAUGGGCUUUAAUUUUAUAUGCGGUUGGAAUCAAAUAACUAUUGAAGCUUUGGCAGAACAGCCGAAACCUUUAUCGAGAUUGUUAAGUGGAGAUUUAGGAGAAAUAAUCGAAAACAUUUAUCCUUUCGAAGAGAUUUUAGAUCAAGAAUUAUUAUGGUGUUUAUCAUGUAUUAAAUAUCCAUCAACCAUUAGCUCAUUGAAUCAUGUCAAAACUAUCGACAGCUUAAGAGAAAUAAGAACUUUCCAUGGAUGGCAAUAUGAUGUCGCAUCUGAUAAAAAAUAUCUUUAUCCAUAUUCAUCAUUCUCGGUUGCAUUAUCAGCUCACAUAAGGACUUUAGUUCGUCAACCAAUAUCUAAAUUAUUAUGCGCUCUUGAAAAUUUAUCUGCAACGCAAACUUUUCUAAAUCUUAGUGAUCCUCAACAAAUCAUUACAACACAAUCAAAUAAAUUAGAACAAUUGCUUGGAUUUUGGAGGCAAAUGUUUCUGGAUAAAGAUAUUAUCUCCAUCAAAGAUAUACCUGAUCCAAAAACUGAUGGUUAUUUAUUAAAAUCAGGAAUAUAUAAAUUAAAUUUCCCAUUUUCAUAUUACUUUAUGAAACAAAUUGAUAGUUUUAAAAGAUUAUAUGAAGAAGAACUGACAAAACUUCGCGAAGAUCCAGAUAAUGUUGAUCCUGACAAUGGCACAAUUUAUGGGUUUGAAAAUUUUAUUGCAAAAUUUUCAAAUAAUAUAUUAAUUUUAUUACAGAAUUAUCAAUCAUCUCCAAUUGAAACUAAUAGAGAAUUAUAUUUCAAAGAUUUCAUUUCUGUAACUUGUUCAAAUGAAGCGGAUGGAAAAUAUGGUCAUAUUCUUUCAUUUAUUUUCAGAAAAUUACUUGGUCCUGAUAAGAUUUUAAACCCGAUACUUCUUCAUAUUUUUUGGUGGGAUAAUAGUAAUAUCAUUUUAUCAUUAUAUCAUUUAGCAAAAAUGUCAAAAAAUAUUUCAGAUCUUAUUAUUCAAACUGACGAUAGUAGUUUGGAAAAUUUUAAUUUAUCUGAAUACUUUGUUAAAGAUAUUUGUGAUAAUUUACUUUGGGAUAUUGAAAAUAUUAAAGAAAAUAUGAACAUUUCAGCGUGGCAAUUUGAAGCCACAAAAGCUUUAUCUUUGUGUGAAAAAAUUCCUGGAUCAUCAUCUAUUUUAUCUCAUCUAUUACAAAUUUGCAGGGAUCUCGUUUUAUCAAAUACUCCACUAUUAAAAAUUCAAGAGAUCAUAAAAAUUGCAAGGAAGAAUAACAAAAAUAAUCAAAUUUCAAUUCCUUUCAUCAAGACGGUUUCAAAAGCAUUAGAACAUAAUCAUGCAUCAAAAAGAUUAUUUAUUAGUAAAUGUCUUGAUAUAAUUGAUAUUAAUACAAUUAAUCGUGGUGAACUUUACAAGGAUAUAUUCUUAAACGAACCCUUCCCAUUGAUGAGUAUUAUUAUAUUACGAAUUUUUGAACUCGAGGAUUUAGAAAAUGAGAAUAUCUUCUUUCAACUUUUCAACAAUGCCAAUCAUACUUUCUUAUUAAGGAUUAUAAAUGAUUGCUUGGGUAAUCAAGGUCUUGAUUCAAGAAUGGCUGCUCUAUGUUGUGAUGUGAUUCAAAAACGUUUCUUUGCUAAGGCUACUUUGGAGAAUUUAUCAAAUUAUCUCCGUCGUGCAUGUGAAAAUAUUUACGGAAAUUGUCGUUUCCCAUUAUUGAGGUUAAUAUCAAUAGCACUUUUAAAGGAAUUUGUUCACAAAUUUUGGGAUUAUACUAUUCAAGAUGAGGAUAUUUUUGAACCAAUUGAUAUAGAUUCCAUGCAAACUGAUGAUUUUGAUAUGUUCAUAAUAAUUAGUCAACUUAGUUCUUGUUUGGAAAAAUCAUCUCCUUUGGUUCAUUCACUUCUGAUUUAUUUCUUACGGGAUUUACGACAACGUGAUGGAUUUUCCAUAGAAAAUGUUAAAAAGUUUUGUCAAGCACAAAGAUAUAUAUUACCUUGGUUUAAUAAUUUAUCAUGGGAUGAUUCACAAGGAAAUAGGUUUCCAUUUAAUCCAUAUUGGUCUCUCGGUUCGGAAUAUGAAACUUUAGAGAAUUCUUUUCAACCACUUUUAAGUUUUAAUAAUAGACAACCUUUCAAUAGUGAAUUCUUCAAGAAUUUUAAGAAAAAUUCAAAAUGGCAUCAUAUUGCAUUAGUUGGUUUGAUGAUCAAUCGGCUUCAUGCUAUUCGUGCUUCCCGGGAAUGGUCAGAAUCAGAAACUCUCGCCGCAGAAUUUUUAUUAGAAAAAGUUAAAAGUGUCAAUUUCCUUUCAGUUGCUUAUAAAGAUACAAUUACUAAAAUUGUCAAAAAUGAGCAUGAAUUUCUACGAAUUCAUCAAGACACUAGUACUCAAGAUUUACUUAUUAAAUCCGUUAUUGGUCACGUUAUCGCUUUACAUGCUUCAGUUCCAUCUACAUCUUCUCCUCUCGCACAUUUAUUACAAAAUUUACAUUAUUGUACAGGAAAUUAUAUUUUAUCUUGUUCUUCUAAUCUUGAGGCAUUAUUAUUGAACGCAAUUGGGGAAAAACUUACAAGGUAUCGAUGCUCAUGUGGUUUCAUGUAUGUUAUUGGAAAUUGCGGUUUUGCUAAUGGUAGAGGAAAAUGCCCACAAUGUCAAAAUGUAAUUGGUGGAGAAAACCAUGUUGCAGUAGCGGGCCAAAUAAAAUUAGAUACGGAUCCUCAAAAUAGGGUAAAAACAAAGGACCUAAGUGGUUAUAUAGGCGAAGCUAUUAAUGAAGAAAAAAAUGAAUCCGUUCGAAGCAUGAAUCCAUCAUCUUAUCGAAUUCUACACUUAUUUGUUCACGCGAUUAUCGGUUCUUGGGCUCCUGCUCCUAUCGCUUUUAAUUUCUUACGAAAAAAUAAUGAAACUGCUACCAAUGUAGAAAAAUAUUGUAUGGAUCAUAUUAAAAAUGAUUGGAAUAUUCUUAGAACGAUCCUCAACACUUCCAAUGAAAAUUUGGCAUUAUUAUUACAUUCCAUUCUUAAUUUGUUAAGUACUAAACCUCCCAAGGAAUCAUCGUUAGAUUCACCUUCAGCACGAGAAACAUGGGAAUCAUAUUUCAUGAAUGAAUAUGUUGCACCACAAAUCAAAAAUGUGAAUGAUACGGCAAUGAAUUUUAGAAUUUUAAUAGACAAUGCUGCUAAAAAAUCCGAAGGAUCCAAUAAUGUAAUCGAAAAAGAAAUUAAUCAAACAAGUCAAAUGGAUGGAGGUUAUAAAAAGACACAUUUACCAAAUUUAUGGAGAACAAUCGGAGAUACUAGUUUUGAAAGUUUAAGAGCACAAUAUCUUAGUGAUAAUAAGAAUAAUACAAAAUACCCUUUCAUGAAGAUAUUUUUUGAACAAUCAGAAAAUUUGGGUUUAAUUAAACAUCUUCAUCCCAUUGUGAAAUUUGUACAAUUAUUAUCUUCAAAACUUGAAUAUCGGUUAAAUCGGGAAAAGGCCAUAAUUCAAACUUUUAGAGAGUUUAUAGAGGAUGAAUCUAAUGAAGACUCUGAUUUAUUAGAUUUAGCAUUCCAGGAUUUUGCUAAAGCAUGGAAUUUAGUUAUUGGACAUGUUAAGACUUAUCAAUGUCACGAUUUACCACCACAAGACAAACCAAAAAUUAAAUAUGAUUCACCAAUAGUUUUUGGAUUGAUUGAACCCAAAGAUUCAGGAAUUUAUAUUUGCGCAAUUCUAGAAUAUUUAAUUAAUUUGCAAAAUCGAUUUAUACAAGAAGUUAUUGAUAUUCCUUCAGGAACAUCUCUUUCACUUAAAUUUAUGGAUGAAGUUCCAUUUGAAAAAAUGGAUACUAUCACAUCUCAAUCAACCAGUACUGCUGCUACUCCUACUUUUCAUCAUUAUACAAAAUCAAUUCAAAUAAUUUAUGCCAAGCCCGAAAAUUUAAUUAAUUAUGAAUGGAAUGAUGAAUUACUUCAAUAUAGUCAAAGAAAUUUAGAUCAUGGUCGAGGAAAUGAAAUAUUUUAUGAUUUACAAGAAAUUGAAGGAGAACUUGCUUAUCAAUUAGUUCACGAAAAGGUUCAUAUUAAUACUUUAAAUGAUUCACAAUUGUAUAUUGAACCAUUCCAUUUCCAUAUGGAACUAUUUAAGGGAUACAUGAGAAUUUUGAGUGAAAUCAAAAAUUUAAUCCCUCAACAAUCAAUCCCACCCAAUAUAAUUUCCGCAAUUAUGGGAUUAGCUUCUAAUACCUCACAACAUAUGAGUCGUCAAUAUGAUACUGAGACUUUACCAUUUGACAAUGCAUCGGAAUUACUCACUUGUUUGGAAAUAUUACUUUGUUUUGUGAAAAGAACUCCGACUGGUAAUGGAAAAAUUUAUAUUCGUGAAUAUGUAAAGAAGUGGAUGAAUUUAUCAACUUUAGAAGGAAAUAAUUUAUUUAUGAACUUGUUGAAAUUGGAAUUGCGUUUGGAACAUGUCGUAGCAUUAUACGAAUUAGUUGAGGAACAUGUUGCUAACGGUAUAAUAAAAUAUAUCGAUGAUAAAUAUAAAGAAGAGUUGGAUGAUGAUCAGCAAGAGGAAAUUAAUAAAGCCCUAAAUUAUGAUUUGAAUAAUUCAAAAAAUAUGACCAAAAUUCCUGCGCAAGUUUUUGUUGCGGCGAUGAAGAGAUUUAUGCUUCGAUUUUUAUCGACGGAAUCUAUUAAGGAAGAUUAUCCUUUGAAUGUAUAUUUUAAUGAUGAAUCAUUAAAUUUAUGGCCAUCUUUCGUUUCAGAACAAUUGGUGGAAGAGUGUUUCCCUGAUUCUUUAUUAGUUUCUAAUGUCUUUUGGGCUUAUAAAUUCGUGGAUGAUAAACUUGAGGAAUUGAAAAAACAGCAACAAUUAGCAGCUGCCAAUGCACCAAGAAAGCAACCUCAAAUUAGAGAAUUUAAUAACCAAUUAAAUAACUCUCGUGACUCUCAUAGUCCUUCAAAAGAAAGCAGCAAUAGCGGAUCAAGUUCCUCUAGAGGACACCGGAGACGGAGGAAUAAUAAGACAAAAAAAUUUGAUUCAACAUAA